GGAAGAGGAGGGCUGAUCGACACGGCAACGAGCACGACAAGCACAUGCGCAUCGAAGAUGAGCGCCAACGAUGACGACGAUCGCGUGGAGCAGCAGCUUGACGAGCUGCUUGAUCUCUACAUGGACUUGUACACCCAAUACACAGCCACCAUGAACGACCUCCAACUCUCCAUGAAAGAUGGGUUUCUCUGGGUGUCAAAAACUCGCAAGUCUCUUGGCUAUGACCGCAUCUCGCCCUUGCAGUACCCAAGAAUCAAGACAGCGACCGCCCACGUGACAGACGAGGAAGACAUGAUCCAAGCCUUUGAUGAGCUCUCCCUGGGCACUAGCUCCUCUGGCAGCACCGCAAGUGACGGGGCGGUUGGCGCCUCGCGAAACACAGCAGCAGACGAUGCACCUGCGUCAACGCUGAGGCAGAGGCGUAAGGGCGGAAGCAAGAACCCAGCUCCCAGCGACGGCGGCAGUGUGAAGAGCAGCAAGAGUCAGCCAGGGAAGAAGGCGGAGGUGAAGCAGAGAGGCGACAGUGAGGUGGAGCGGAAGAAGCGCGAGAAAGUGGUCAAGGAGAGAGACAGCGAUGAGGAAGGCGAGGAUGGUGACAAGGGCGCCAAGCAGCCAGCGAGCAGCCAGCGUGGCGUCAACAGCGACCACCACGAUGCCAUCAAGGCUGAGAUUGCUCAACGGAGGAAAGCAGAUCCGCUUCGAUGGUUCGCUGGUCUCCCGCCACCGGCACUUCGCUCCUCCCAGCGCCACUUCAAGCAAAGCGUUGAUGCUGUUGUUGAGUUGGCGCGCAUCAAGACAGAGAUGGAUGCAGUUGCACGCGCGUAUCGCCAGCUGCAGCUCUCGCAGAUCAGGGCGUAGCUCUAGGCGCCUUCAACACUCACUCACCAAUACACACACACGCAUUGUCUCGCUCUUAACACACACACACCACAACACAACACAACACA